CCAUCUCAAGACAGGCUGAUCAGGCAUGAUGCAGUUAGCGUCUCUCAACAUCUUAAAGCAAGAUACAUAGCCUGCUGAUGACAACCUUGGUACCCACCAUCUUCAACCUUGGACUUGAAUUUGUUGCUCUCUGGGAGAGUUUUGGACAUUUCCUUUUCUUUUCGAUUCUUUAUUAAUCCUCCAUCGUCGCCGGCGACGAGGCUGCUGGCAAGUCUGGGACAGAGCUUCUACCGCACUCUUUUCCCUGGGUGGAUAUUUUACCUAUAUUUUUAUUCCUGAAGAUGGACGAAAUGGCGAAGCCCGUUUGUGGGAGCAAGGCGGAUGGUGCUGUGUAUGACUUCUCACUACAUGUUGGUGCAGUUUUCAUUGUGUUCUUCGCGUCCAUUGGAGGCUGUGGAUUUCCAGUCGUCGCAAAGAAAGUCAAGUGGAUGAAGAUACCCCCGAAAAUAUUCUUCUUCUGCAAGCAUUUCGGUACCGGGGUUCUAAUAGCGACUGCCUUUGUCCAUCUCCUGCCUACCGCUUUCACCUCGCUCAACGACCCAUGCCUCCCAGAUCUGUUCACCGACAAAUACCCAGCCAUGCCUGGUGUUAUUAUGAUGGGUUCGCUCUUCAUUCUCUUCGUCAUCGAAAUGUGGCUCAAUGCAAAGACUGGAGGACAUAGUCACGGGAGCGCAACUGGCCAAGAAUUUGCGGGAGGACAAGCACCACCGGGUAUCCAGGCCGCCUUCAACAAUCCUAUCCGACGCACAGACAGCUACGACUCGCAGAAGACUAUGCUAGCUAUGCGAGACGAAAAGCGAGGAUGGGUUGAAGACACUUACCCAGUCGACAAAUUCCCACUCCCAAACACCAGCAACGACGAGCUAGAGGCUAGAUCUGAGAUGCCGCCUUGGUUUAUAGUCUUCUAUGAGCAAUAUGUCCGCCAACGUGACGAGAUGCUCGGCAUGGUCAACCGCGCCAUGCCCGCCUUGCCAAGCUACCCGCAACAAACUACCCAAGAUAUCACACCGAACUCGUACUUUGAGGACGAUGUUGAGCAGGCAGUAGACCCUAUGGUCUUGAAGAAGCAAUCCAUGCAGAUCACGCUCAUCGAGGGUGGUAUUCUCUUCCACUCCGUCUUCGUCGGUAUGACCAUCUCCAUCACUUCGAGCGGUUUCAUUGUCCUCCUCAUCGCCAUCGUUUUCCACCAGAUGUUCGAAGGCCUCGGUCUCGGAUCUCGUAUUGCCGCUGUGCCAUACCCGUCAAAUAGCUGGAAGCCCUGGGUCCUCGUCGUUGCUUUCGGAACCACUGCCCCCAUCGGUCAGGCUAUUGGGUUGCUAACGCGCGGAUCGUAUGACCCGAACAGUGCUUUUGGCUUGAUCAUUGUGGGUGUCUUCAACGCUAUCUCGUCUGGUCUCCUGAUCUACGCUGCGCUCGUGGACUUGCUUGCCGAGGACUUCCUUUCCGAAGAGGCUCAACAUACUUUGACUGGCAGGGAUAAGACCACAGCAUUCAUCUAUGUCCUUCUUGGAGCUGCUGGGAUGUCCGUCGUCGGUGCAUUCGCAUAAACCUUUUCCUACCGGGAACCUUUCCUCCGACCGUUGUCAUAGUUCAUGCAUCGAUGCACAUUGGUCACAAUCCACUCGCCUGCCACCGGAUCCCCUUUUCUGCAAGCCCUAUAAUGCCUCACCUUGCGGUGUAAAGCCUCCUAAGAUAUCCUUUCCUUCUUCUAUCUCGUCAGGACGUCCUCUUGUAUUGGGCAUUAGGUCUAGUCAUGAUCUUUGUACGAUUAUGAGAAUAAUGUGUGGAGUUAUAAGCGGCGCAUAUUUACUUGAAUACACAUAAAGAGCAUAUAAAUCGGGGC